AUGUCGACUUCUACCACCACUACUCAGCAGGCCGAACAGUCGGUUCGCCUGACCAGUGAAGACCAAUUGCCCCCACUCCCAUCUGCAGCCGACGAUGCAUCGUUCCAGGGCCUUGCACGUGGAGGCCGUAACGGGACGUUGAAGCUGCGUGGCAUCCCCACAUUCUCAAACUUGCUUGAGAAGCGCAAAUGGAUGAGAGAGCACAUGGCAGCGGCUUUCCGGUACUUUGGCAAGCUGGGUUAUGGGGAGGGUGUCUCUGGACAUAUCUCAAUGCGAGAUCCUAUUCUCAAGGACCAUUUCUGGAUGAACCCAUUCGCCAAGCAUUUCUCAACUAUCAAGGCUUCGGAUCUUGUUCUUUUGGAUGCUGAUGGAUUUGUUGUGGACGGUGGAGCUCAGCUGCCUGUUAAUGAAGCCGGGUUCCUCAUUCAUUCCGAGAUCCACAAGGCGCGCCCCGAUGUCGUCGCCGCGGCGCACACGCAUGGUAUCCAUGGCAAGACAUGGAGUUCUUUCGGGAAACCAAUUGAGAUGCUUACCCAAGAUGCAUGCAACUUCUUUGGUCGACUGGGUGUUUACGAAGACCACGGCGGCAUUGUUCUGUCUUCAGAGGAGGGACAGGCAAUUGCAAAGGCACUGGGCCCAGAUAACAUUGCGUGUAUCUUGCAGAACCAUGGUCUUCUGACAGUGGGACGAACUGUUGAUGAAGCCGCAAUUCUUUACUCCAUGCUGGAAAAUGCCUGUCAGUCACAGCUCCUGGCCGAGGCAGCGGCAGCCAAUGGUCUUCCCAAGAAGAUUAUUGCAGAUGAUGCUGCCAAAUUCACUGCUCAGGCGGCGCAGAACCCUCACAACUUCUAUACCGAAUUCCAGCCCGAGUUUGAGUUGAUUGUCGAGGAGACUAAUGGAAGGGUCCUUCAGUAA